GGAUGUGACGCUGCUGCUAAUAUAUAACACCAACACUCACUGUCUGAAGACAGCGAUAGGCAAUCACUUCUUGACUGGCUUCAUCGCUGACGUUUACAUCUUGGAGCCACAAAAGACUGCCGUUUUUCUUUUGUUUUUUUGGCUACAAAAAUCCAGUUUGUCUUUCGAGGUAACGGGAACAAACUGCUUUCAGUUUUAAUUGCUCUCAGUCUACAGCUGGAAAGUUACCUCCUUUUUGGCCAGCGUGGGCAUCCGCUCAAUGAGCAUGGCAGAUUACCUAAUAAGUGGUGGCACAGGCUACAUUCCUGAUGAUGGGCUCUCAGCACAGCAGCUCUUCUCCACUGGAGGUGGUCUAACAUACAAAUCUGACCAACAGUGUGUUGUCUCCGAUGGUCAAACGGCUGAAGAGCUAUGCUCUAAAGGAGAUGGGUUGACUUACAACGAUUUCCUGAUUUUACCUGGCUUCAUCGACUUUACCUCUGACGAAGUGGCUAUGACUAAGAGGGAGGAGUUGGUAGUGGCUCCUGCUGGUGUUACACUAAAAGAAGCCAAUGAUAUUCUGCAGCGCAGCAAAAAAGGCAAGCUUCCCAUUGUAAAUGAUAACGAUGAACUGGUGGCCAUUAUUGCCAGAACGGAUCUAAAGAAGAACCGGGAGUACCCCCUCGCCUCCAAAGACUCACGCAAACAGCUUCUCUGUGGUGCUGCUAUCGGAACCAGGGAGGACGACAAAUACAGACUGGACCUGCUGGUGCAAGCUGGAGUUGAUGUCGUUGUACUGGACUCGUCGCAAGGCAACUCGGUGUAUCAGAUCAACAUGAUAAACUAUAUUAAGCAGAAGUAUCAAGAAUUACAAGUGGUGGGAGGAAAUGUGGUCACAGCAGCCCAGGCCAAAAAUCUGAUUGAUGCCGGCGUGGAUGCUCUGAGAGUCGGCAUGGGCUGCGGCUCCAUCUGCAUCACACAAGAAGUCAUGGCAUGUGGACGACCCCAGGGGACCUCUGUGUACAAGGUGGCAGAGUAUGCUAGGCGUUUCGGUGUGCCAGUCAUCGCUGACGGUGGCAUUCAAACUGUGGGCCAUGUGGUGAAGGCUUUAGCUCUUGGUGCAUCAACUGUUAUGAUGGGCUCCUUGCUAGCAGCCACAACUGAGGCUCCUGGAGAGUACUUCUUUGCAGACGGUGUGCGACUGAAAAAGUAUCGUGGUAUGGGCUCCCUGGAUGCAAUGGAGAAAAGCACGAGCAGUCAGAAACGCUAUUUUAGUGAGGGUGACAAAGUGAAAGUAGCCCAGGGUGUGUCGGGCUCAGUCCAGGACAAGGGUUCCAUUCACAAGUUUGUACCAUACCUGAUAGCAGGAAUCCAACAUGGGUGCCAAGAUAUUGGGGCAAAGAGUCUUUCCGUCCUUCGUUCCAUGAUGUACUCUGGAGAGCUGAAGUUUGAGAAGCGCACCUUAUCUGCACAGGUGGAGGGUGGUGUUCAUGGUCUCCACUCAUUUGAGAAGAGGCUUUACUGAACAGGGGUGUGAUAUGUGAAUCACCCAGUGCACAGGACCUCCCCAAUCUUACAGUGACCAAAUGUUAUAUCGCUACUUCUGCUAGAACACAUGCCGCCAACUACACCCCCUCUGCAGCAUCAUAUUCACUGUUGCUCUUUCUGAUCUUACCCGGCUGGUCUAGAGGGAGGGGGGAAAAGAAGGGGGAGGGGAGGCAUCGCAGCGAAGUGUGAAUUUUCAAACUGACACCUAACUCUCUGAACACCUUGGAUUUUGCACUUAAGAAGCAGAGCAUCAGGGUCUUUGGAAAAACACACACACCUGUAUCACAGCUAUACAGCCCGAUCCCAGUUAUAUGUGCGUGUCGAUGGCAGUGAGAGAACAAAGUGGUUGAAUUAAGAGUAGUGUGCUUGAAUGUGUGAUAUAGUUUUGUGUAUGUGUGUGGGGACAGACAAAGUGAAGGUGCACUAUGUUUAUUUGUCCUGUUUCUGUUAGUGAGCUGACAACAGUCAUUGUGCGCAGGUCCCAUCAGCAUCCUUUUUUUGUCUUUAUUUCUUUUUUCCCCCUGAUGUUUACCUGCGAGUUGCCUCAAACAUCCCAUUUUGGAACCAGAAUAAUACACGUGUGCAGACAACAAGAGAAACACCUGCUCUAUUUGUGCAGCGUGGCGGUCGAUCACGGCAAACAUCAUUACAGGUAUGCGCUGCACGAAGAGUAGCCGCUUAUAGUUGAGCAUUCACUCGGUGUAUCGUGCAGUCAGAAAUACACGGCCAUGGUAGUCAUCUGGUCAAGUUUGUCUCCUCCAGUGUCAACAGUAGAUGGAGGUCAGACCUGCAACCUUUUUAUCUUUGUGAAUAUUCAUUUACCCCUUAGACAUACUGAGCCGAAUAACCAGUGUCCCAUCUCGAUGUGCAGUGUUCAUGUGUUGAGCAAUGAGAGGACCAAAAUCCGAAGAUCAGGUAUAUUUAAAGGAAAAAAAACAAUAAAAAUGUGUCAAUCAAAAAUAGUUGAUGAGAGUUUCUUUGCCCGUACUUUGAAUACUUUUAGAUAUAUUAAAAACAACAAAAGCUUUAUAUUAAACCUGUAUAGUCUCGGGGAGGGGGGCUUUGAAAUGAGCAUGAAGGGUUUUUGAUAUGCAUGUUUUUUUUCACUAAGCCAACCGUGGCUGUAUUUAUAUUCUGCGUUAAUUGCAUACAUACUGCCAAGUGUAUUUACACUUCGUUUGACACUUCUUUUAUAAGUUAAAAACCAAAAUUGGUGCAACAAGUUGCUUCUCGCUUGUUUGUUCCUGCUCUUUUCACGUCGUGGCAUAGUUUCUCGGAGUUUGUCAUCUGAUUCUUAAAGUGUCUUUUCACUGGAGAUAUGCCUUGAAACGGGGGUGGGUAACAGCUGUAAGACGGCUAUGUGAAAAUGCAUUGAAAUGCAUAAUGUUACAGACCUUCUUGACUCCAUUUCUUGCUUUGAAACAGUCUCAUUGUUUGUUUUUUAUCGUUAAGCUUAUGUAGGAGUAGGUUUAUUUUCUAACAUUUUCAUACAAAAUUAUGUUUUUGUUUUUUGUGGCCCAGAGUGUAAGCAAGAAUUGUUUUCCUAACUGGCUAAUGUAUUACACCCUGCGCAGGGUUCACUUGACUAACAUGAUCUUGCAGCUGGGCUGAAUUGCAAAAAGUACAUGAAAAUAUAUGGAGACUUGUAUACCUGUAGUUGGAAAUGACUACUGCUUGUUUUCAGUUUCCCCACCUAAAGUUGUAAUUCAGGUUUUUAAAACGUCUUAAGUUGUCAAGUACAGAGUCCUGUUGGUCCAUCUAAAAAGGCACAAAUACAGUUAUUGGAAGUGUUUUUUUGUUUUUGUUUUUUUUUGCCUUAUCAGCCUCACAAGCGUUGCCAAAACACAGCAGUUGCUUAUGCAACUUGCAAUCUAAAUGACAAGAAAACUCAAAUUUAAUUUUUUUUUUUUUUUUUUUAGAUGGACUAAAAAGGCUUUGUAUGUAGUAAAUCUUUUAGGGGAAUUUGAGGACUGUUGUGUCAGAACAUGUUUACAGUAAAACACUCGACAGAGGAACGUUGCUUUUGCUGUUCAUCAAAGUAAAAAGAAUAAAUGAAUAAAACCAUG